AUGGAGGAAGCCUUGCUGCCCCUGGUGGUGACCUCUAACCCUAGGUCCUUUAACCAACAACUCCCAGAGCCUCCAGACCCAAGAUGUAUCUUGGAACCCCAGGACAGUCCUGAACUGGCACCUACCCUAGUGUGUGCUCUUUGCUGCUGCUUUGGAAUCAUCUACUGCUGCUUCGGCUACCGUUGCUUCAAGGCAGUGAUGUUUCUCUCGGGCCUACUGUCAGGAGCUCUGGUGAUCUUCCUGUUGUGCCACAAAGAGCGGGUGCUGGAAACACAGCUGAGCUUGGAGGUGAGCGCCGGCAUCGCGCUGGGCAUUGGACUCCUCUGCGGCCUCGUCACCAUGCUGGUUCGCAGUGUUGGGCUCUUCCUGACUGGUCUCCUACUAGGCCUGACCUUGGGUGCUGGGGCCCUAUUGGCCACUGAGCCCAUCUACCAACCUCCUUCAGCCUGGGUCCCAGCCGGGGGCCUGGUGGGGCUGGCGCUGCUGGGAGCCCUGCUCACGCUUCGGUGGCCACGUCCCUUCACAGUCCUUGGCACAGCCCUGCUAGGUGCUGCAGUGCUAGUGGCCUGUGCUGACUUCUUCCUGGAGGAGCUGGCAUUGGGCAGUCGGCUUGCCCAACGACUACAGGCACUUCCAGCCCUGCCUCCUCUCUGUUGGUAUAGCUGGGUCUUACUUGGGGCCUGGCCAGCGCUGAGUGCUCUUGGGGCCCUGGCCCAGUGGAAGCUCAUGGCUGAGGAACAUGGAGGCCACACCAGUGUAGUCUUAAGCCGCCAGCAAAGGCAUCUCCAACUUCUUCGGAUUCGUCAGCAAGAGGCCAAGUGGCACCGGACCCCCGCUGGAGUGGGGCUCUGUGAAGGCAGUUACCGUUGCCAACUGUCCCCCAACACCCGGAGCCCUGCUGACAGCCUGGCUCCUAGUUAUCUCCAGAGCCUUCGAGAGCGCCAUUUGAGCCCAGGCACCCAGCCUACUGCCCCCCACACCAUUCUGGACCUAGAUUCUGACUGUGGUUCCACUGUUCCCCUCACCACAACUUCUGGUUCUACCCAGACUUGA